GUCUUUGAACGAUGCUUCUAUGGGCGCGAUGGGCGCCGAUAUCCAUCCUGGGGUUGCAAACCCGACUGCUUCAUCGAACAAUCCUAAUCCAAUGGACACCAAUUUUGCCUCUAAUCAUACGAGGAAGGCGCGCCACUCUGGUGCUGGUGCUCACUACAAGGGCGACCGACAAGCAGCCCGUGCCAUGAGACAGGCAGCCGGUGUCAUUGAAGGCCGCCCAGGGAUCAUAGAGUCAACACAUAUUGAUCCUUUGAACGACGAUCCCAACAGGAAUGGUGCAUUUUGAACUGAUUUUGCAAACAGUCUGUAGACUCACAAGGUGCGUUAGAUGACGCUUGGAAAAGCGCCAGUCGCACGACGGAGGCGGCGUAAAUGUACGUUACAUGCUCCUGAGAGAAUAAACAUUUAAAUUCGGUAGUAUUUAUUAAAUAAAUCAAAAACCAUGUUGUAAACAAAAAUAUUACUUUCUGUUUUC